AAGGCAAUGUGGUUUUGAUGCUUGUCAUUCUCGCGAGAUACUAAGCGGAAGAUGGCAGAUGGUCUUUUCACCACUGAAAUAUAAUAAGAACGCUUUUCAAUCGGAAGGUUUCUAAUCUUGCUAGCUAACGUUAGCAAGCAAACUACCGCACUGCAAGAUGCAAUGGGGACAUUUUGAAACGAGUGUUAUCGAGGAUGUAGCCGAAUAAUUUGGUAUUUCCAUUCUUAAUCGAAUGUUAACAAUCGUGAGAGUAUAUUUUCCAUUUGUUUUGUUUUUACGUGUGUUGUUUCUGUUGUUGUAACACCGCACCCACAUCCAUUAUAUGCUACAAAAACUGCUAUCUAGGUUAGGUAAAUAGCUAGCUAGUAAGGUAGAUAUUGCAGCUGUCAUUGACAACCAGUCAACAUAAUACAAUAUUAAUCUUAGGUAGCUAGUAACGUUAAAUCAUGACCGGAGAAAAGAUUCGCACAUUGCGGAAAGACCAUAACAACAAGCCUAGUAAGGAUGGGGAUAUAACGUUAAUGGAAACAUAUGAUGAAUCUACAAAUGGGACAAUAACCUCUCCAACACCCAAUGGUACCACUAUCACGUACAAAUCAAACAAGAACCAUAACAAGACGGUGAAACCUAUGGUACUGCAGCAGCAGCUAUCGAAUAUCAAUGCAAACAACAUCAAUGCCAAUCAAUCAGUUGGCACCAUCAUCGAUGACUAUAACAAGAACCCCAUCAUUCUGACCAAUGGUAAUGAGGACUUGAAUUUGGAAAUUCCUGUUCACGAAUGCGUGUUCAGAGGAGAUGUGCGUCGCUUGUCCUCACUCAUUCGGACCCAGAACAUCUCCCAGAAAGAUGUGCAUGGUGAGUGUGCAUGGUAACCCAAACUUAGUACAUGGAAUUGAGUUAGGAAAUCACAUAGGUUAUCACUUCUACUUUUGCAUCCAUUACAUUUUAGUUGACAAUUUUGUGACCAACAUAGUCAGCACUUGCUUAACAAACCUGUGUUGAGUUAAACAAAAACAUUGUCCAUGUGCACCUGCACUAGCUGUGACAUCAAUAAUCUCAUAACUGGUCGAUUUCUCUCUUUCUAGGAAACACACCUCUUCACUUAGCUGUGAUGAUGGGUCACAAAGGUAAGGGCUUUGACUUCUGUGAUCAAGAAUAUCUGAUAUGGAGAAUAACAUACAUAGACUUAUUUGAACAGGACCGAGACAUGCAAACAACUGUUUCCCAUUGGGAGCAGACUGACUAGUACUUCUGUACUACUUUCCUCUAAACAUCUACAUGACACCAGAGUUUGACAGGAUUUUUUUGCUCAUACUCUCAUCUCUGGCCUAAUGCCGCAUUCAAAACAACUGGGAAUUUGGAAAUCUCCGACUUAAGUGUGUUCAAGACAACUGGGAACUAGGAAUAAAAAACAGCUCAGAUUGGGAAAAAUCUAUUCGAACGGUCAUCCAACUCAGAAUGAAGUCGGAAACUCUGGAAUCUUUCUAGAGCUCCAACCUGAAGAUCACUGAUGUCAUGAUUUGACCUAGUUUUUUUCUGAGUUCCCAGUUAGCUUGAAAGCACCAUAAGCCUAAGGCCAGGAAAUGACAUGGAAAAUGUGCCAUGUUGCAGGGCAUGAUGCCCCACAUCUGGCAUGUCACCAAGUCAUCCUACCUGCCAGGUUUUUUUUUUUUUUUUUUUUACAUAAUCAACAUUUUCUCCAGCUCUCCUCUAGUAAAUCCUCCAUGUGGGUUUCUUCUGGGAUAAAUUCCCUGUCUGUCCUGCUGUACUGAGCUCAUCCUGUCUGACCUCUGCAGAUUGCAGUGUUACAUAUUCUAGUAGUCUCAUAGUAGCAUGGCAGUCCCAUAUCGAACGCCCUUUGGGUCAGUAGACGUCUCGUUACUUGACGUGAUAUACUGUUAUCAUUAACUACAGUAUUGAGAAUUCACCAUCCAAGUACAAAGACCAUGGAGGUGGGUGAUUGGCUUAGACUUGAAAACAAAAACAAUUAAUUAAUCUAAAAGUAGCGUGUUGAUGUUUGAUAAAUUGUAAUGUUUGUGUGUGUUUUUUGUGCUGCAGAGUGUGCCCUCCUGCUCCUGGCGCAUAAUGCCCCUGUGAAGGUGAAGAAUGCCCAGGGCUGGAGCCCCCUGGCAGAGGCCAUCAGCUAUGGAGACCGACAGAUGAGUAAGGAUCUGGGGUAUUUUCUAUCUGAAGCAGUGUUUUCAACCUUUUUUAUACCGGGACUAUGAUCCCUCUCGUCAGGGACAGACAAACUAUGGUUUUAUACCGUAUUAUACACUGAACAAAAAUAUAAACGCAACAUGCAACAAUUAAAAAUAUUUGACUGAGUUACAUUUCAUAUAAGGAAAUCAGUCAAUUGAAAUAAAUUCAUUAGGCCCUAAUCUAUGGAUUUCACAUGAAUGGGAAUACAGAUAUGAAUAUGUUGGUCACAGAUACCUUAAUAAAAAAGGUAGGGGUGUGGCUCAGAAAACCAGUCAGGAUCUGGUGUGACCACCAUUUGCCUCAUGCAGCGCAACACAUCUUCUUCGCAUUGAGUUGAUCAGGCUGUUGAUUGUGGCCUGUGAAAUGUUGUCCCACUUCUCUUCAAUGGCUGUGCGAAAUUGCUGGAUAUUGGCGGGAACUGGAACAUGCUGUCAUACACGUCGAUCCAGAGCAUACCAAACAUGCUUAAUAGGUGACAUGUCUGGUGAGUAUGCAGGCCAUGGAUGGAAGAACUGGGACAUUUUCAGCUUCCAGGAAUUGUGUACAAAUCAUUGCGACAUGGGGCCGUGCAUUAUCAUGCUGAAACAUGAUGAGAUGGUGGCGGAUGAAUGGGCCUCAAGAUGUCGUUACGGUAUCUCUGUGCGUUCAAAUUGCCAUCAAUAAAAUGCAAUUGUGUUCGUUGUCCGUAGCUUAUUCCUGCCCAUACCAUAACCCCACCACCACCAUGGGGCACUCUAUUCACAAUGUUGACAUCAGCAAACCGCUCACCACACGACGCCAUACAUGCUGUCUACCAUUUGCCCGGUACAGUAGAAACCGGGAUUUAUCCGUGAAGAGCACACUUCUCCAGCAUGCCAGUUGCCAUUGAAGAUGAGCAUUUGCCCACUGAAGUCGGUUACGACGCCAAACUGCAGUCAGGUCAAGACCCUGGUGAGGAAGAAGAGCAGGCAGAUGAGCUUCCCUGAGACUGUUUCUGACAGUUUGUGCAGAAAUUCUUUGGUUGUGCAAACCCACAGCUUCAUCGGGUGGCUGGUCUCAGACGAUCCUGCAGGUGAAGAAGCCGGAUGUGAAGUCCUGGGCUGGCGUGGUUACACGUGGUCUGCGGUUGUGAGGUCGGUUGGACGUACUGCCAAAUUCUCUAAAACGACGUUGGAGGCGGCUUAUGGUUAAUUAACAUUAAAUUCUCUGGCAACCGCUCUGGUGGACAUUCCUGCAGUCAGCAUGCCAAUUGCACGCUCCUUCAAAACAUGAGACAUCUGUGGCAUUGUGUUGUGACAAAACUGCCUUUUAUUGUCCCCAGCACAAGGUGCACCUGUGUAAUGAUCAUGCUGUUUAAUCAGCUUCUUGAUAUGCCACACCUGUCAGGUGGAUGGAUUAAAUGCUCACUAACAGAGAUGUAAACACAUUUUUGCACAAUAUUUUUGAGAAAUAAGCUUUUUGUGCGUUUGAAAAAUGUCUAGGAUAUUUAAUUUCAGCUCAUGAAAACCGGGUCCUGUUAGGCUGUAGACUGACCGAUUGCUCUCUGAUGCUGUUGAGCAGUUGGGUUGUAGGCUGGCCCAGCUAGCCAGCCAAAGCCAUGCAGGGAGCAGGGGAUUUUCUCUGCACGCUCUGUCUGCUUCCAGACGUCCUGGAACCCAGCCUGGCCCAGGGCUUAGUGUGACUGAGGGGGCACUGAGCAGCUCUACAGCUGGCUGGCGCCCUGGCUCUCUGUCUGUUCACUUUAAUGCCCAUGCUUCUAAUGCAUUUAACACAGCACUGUAAACUAGAGGUCUUAAUAUAGGUUACAUUUUAUGUGUAUUGUUUAUGUGGAUUUGUUAGGAAUGCCAGUUAAGUGGAGUGUCCCUGUUUUUGUUUUUUUUUAAUGGUGGGAGUAGUGUAGAGGAUUGAAUGGGCUUUACUAGCUUGCUCAGUUUUUUCUGUUUAAUGCCUUGUUAGCGAAAGAAAAAUCAUAAGCUGCAUAAUAUGAAAUAAUAUUAUAAAUGGGCUAGUUUAUAAUAAAUCCAAAGCAAGUAAUUGUAAAUGUUAGGCAAAUCAUAUACCUCAAAAUAUAUUACCCAAAUAUACUGAAAAGAAAUGUACAAAUCUUUAUUUCCCUUCUAUUAAAUUCCCUGUUAAAUGUUGAGUGGGUUAGAGCUAUGACCCUGUCACCCCAGCAUGUAUUAGUAUGCGGCUCCAGUCCUGCAGUAGGGAUGCUUUGGCAGACUGGGGACAGAGGUCAGGGAUGUGAAGGUCAGAUCGCAGUGGGCGGGGAGGGGAGCGGAGGAGACAGUAGCUUGGCUCCAUCCACACAGUACAGCAAAGUCAGCCAAACUCUGACCAGUGUGACUGGGGCAGUACUAGUAGUGGUAAAAUGAAAAUAAGUUUAAAGAUUUACAGUGAGGGGAAAAAAGUAUUUGAUCACCUGCUGAUUUUGUAUGUUUGCCCACUGACAAAGAAAUGAUCAGUCUAUACUUUUAAUGGUAGGUUUAUUUGAACAGUGAGAGACAGAAUAACAACAACAAAAUCCUGAAAAACGCAUUUGUCAAAAAUGUUAUAAAUUGAUUUGCAUUUGAAUGAGGAAAAUAAGUAUUUGACCCCCUCUCAAUCAGAAAGAUUUCUGGCUCCCAGGUGUCUUUUAUACAGGUAACGAGCUGAGAUUAGGAGCACACUCUUAAAGGGAGUGCUCCUAAUCUCAGUUUGUUACCUGUAUAAAAGAUACCUGUCCACAGAAGCAAUCAAUCAAUCAGAUUCCAAACUCUCCACCAUGACCAAGACCAAAGAGCUCUCCAAGGAUGUCAGGGACAAGAUUGUAGACCUACACAAGGCUGGAAUGGGCUACAAGACCAUCGCCAAGCAGCUUGGUGAGAAGGUGACAACAGUUGGUGCGAUUAUUCGCAAAUGGAAGAAACACAAAAGACCUGUCAAUCUCCCUCAGCCUGGGGCUCCAUGCAAGAUCUCACCUCGUGGAGUUGCAAUGAUCAUGAGAAUGGUGAGGAAUCAGCCCAGAACUACACGGGAGGAUCUUGUCAAUGAUCUCAAGGCAGCUGGGACCAUAGUCACCAAGAAAACAAUUGUUAACACACUACGCCGUGAAGGACUGAAAUCCUGCAGCGCCCGCAAGGUCCCCCUGCUCAAGAAAGCACAUAUACAUGCCCGUCUGAAGUUUGCCAAUGAACAUCUGAAUGAUUCAGAGGAGAACUGGUUGAAAGUGUUGUGGUCAGAUGAGACCAAAAUUGAGCUCUUUGGCAUCAACUCAACUCGCCGUGUUUGGAGGAGGAGGAAUUCUGCCUAUGACCCCAAGAACACCAUCCCCACCGUCAAACAUGGAGGUGGAAACAUUAUGCUUUGGGGGUGUUUUUCUGCUAAGGGACAGGAAAACUUCACCGCAUCAAAGGGACGAUGGACGGGGCCAUGUACCGUCAAAUCUUGGGUGAGAACCUUCCCUCAGCCAGGGCAUUGAAAAUGGGUCGUGGAAGGGUAUUCCAGCAUGACAAUGACCCAAAACACACGGGAAGGCAACAAAGGAGUGGCUCAAGAAGAAGCACAUUAAGGUCCUGGAGUGGCCUAGCCAGUCUCCAGACCUUAAUCCCAUAGAAAAUCUGUGGAGGGAGCUGAAGGUUCGAGUUGCCAAAUGUCAGUCUCGAAACCUUAAUGACUUGGAGAAGAUCUGCAAAGAGGAGUGGGACAAAAUCCCUCCUGAGAUGUGUGCAAACCUGGUGGCCAACUACAAGAAACGUCUGACCUCUGAUUGCCAACAAGGGUUUUGCCACCAAGUACUAAGUCAUGUUUUGCAGAAGGGUCAAAUACUUAUUUUCCUCAUUAAAAUGCAAAUCAAUUCAUAACAUUUUUGACAAAUGCGUUUUUCAGGAUUUUGUUGUUGUUAUUCUGUCUCUCACUGUUCAAAUAAACCUACCAUUAAAAUUACAGACUGAUCAUGUCUUUGUCAGUGGGCAAACGUACAAAAUCAGGCAGGGGAUCAAAUACUUUUUUCCCUCACUGUAUUAGUCGUAUGUUUUGGGAUACGCAUGGUAUACAUCAUCCAACGAAAUGCUUACUUGCAGGUUCCUUCUCGACAAUCCAACAACAAUAAGAAAUGGUUAAAAAAAAGAGAGAAUACUAGGGCUUAUUAUAUUGAACAAAAAAUAUAAACGUAACAUGUAAUGUGUUGGUCCCAUGUUUCAUGAGCUGAAAUAAAAGAUCCCAGUAAUUUUCCCAUACGCACAAAAUGCUUAUUUCUCUCAAAUUUUGUUCACAUCCCUGUUAGUGAGCAUUUAUCCUUUGCUAAAAUAAUCAAUCCACCUGACAGGUGUGGCAUAUCAAGAAGCUGAUUAAACAGCAUGAUCUUUACACAGGUGCACCUUGUGCUGGGGACAAUAAAAGGCCACUCUAAAAUGUGCAGUUUUGUCACACAACACAAUGCCACAGAGCGUGCAAUUGGCAUGCUGACUGCAGGAAUGUCCACCAGAGCUGUUGCCAGAUAAUUUCAUGUUAAUUUUUCUACCAUAAGCCGCCUCCAACGUCGUUUUAGAGAAUAUGGCAGUAUGUCCAACCGGUCUCACAAACGCAGACCACGUGUAACCACGCCAGCCCAGGACCUCCACAUCCAGCUUCUUCACUUGCGGGAUCAUCUAAGACCAGCCACCUGGACAGCUGAUGAAUCUGAGUAUUUCUGUUUGUAAUAAAGCCCUUUGGUGGGGAAAAACAAAUGUUUAUUGGCUGGGCCUGGCACCCCAGUGGGUGGCCCUAAGCCCUCCCAGGCCCACCCAUGGCUGCACCGCUGCCCAGUCAUGUGAUAUCCAUAGAUUAGGGCCUAAUUUAUUUAUUUCCUUAUAUGAACUGUAACUCAGUAAAACCGUUGAAAUUGUUCCGUUUUUAUAUAUUUGUUCAGUAUAAGAGACAGAUGCAGAAAGAGAGAGGUGUCGUUCCACGAAAGGAGUCCCUUUUGGUUAGUGUAACUUGGUGGGAAAAAAAACGUUUUCUCACAUAAUUGUAACAUUCUGUCAUGAAGAGCACAUGUUCAACUUUCCCAUCUCAAGAGGUUACAGAAAACAUGACUAUAGUAAGUGUCUAUUAAGUGCCAAAUAAAGUAACAGGGUUGACUGUAACAGGGUUGAAGAUUUAAUCUUAAAUCAGCCAUCAAUCCCCUUGUGACAGGAGGAAUGGAAGCUUGUUGUGUGCAACAGGUAGUAUCAGGCAAAAACCCAUCGGAUUACUGUUACAGUAAAUCACUUGGUUGAAUGAUUUAUCACUCUGUCAUUGACUGGCUGGGUAUCUCCUUUUUCUUCUCUGGCUCACAACUCUCACUGUCAUUGAUGCGUGGGUUUACAAAGCUCAUCUUCUUUUAGGUUUAGUGUUGUGUAACGCUUUUGAAAGUUGCUUUUUGCAAGAUCAUCUGCCAGUGUAAUCCCUUCUGCUGUGUGUGUGGUCUCAGGGUAGAAACUUGCACAUAUAGAAUAUCUAGGCUAUGGAAUAUAUUGGCUAUGUCUUGUAUGGUGUUGUAUAUCAGUACCUUGCUAUGGCUUUGUUGUGAUCUCCCUCUUCUCCCAUCCUCAGUCACAGCCAUACUGCGGAAGCUGAAGCAGCAGUCCAGAGAGAGUGUGGCGGACAAGAGGCCCAAGCUGCUGAGAGCGCUGAAGGAGGUGAGGCUUUGACAGCCAACUGGGCUAGCCUACUACAGCAUCCGGUUAUACAUAGGAUCUGUGCACUCCAUACAUUAUGUCAAAGUACUUGAGCUGCACUUAAUUUAGUUUUGCCGGUACAGUGGAAUAAAUUCAAUAUUUCCAAAAGUGUCUGAACCUAUUUGACAUACAGUGAGGUUAGAAAUUAUUGACCCCCUUGAUAAAGAUGAGCAAUAAUGACUGUAUAAAAUAAAUAAUACAAAUACUGAGAUAUAUUGUAUGCUCCAAACAAUUGGGAAAUUAUAUUAUUUUAUACUAAUACAAUUGCGCAGAGAAAGAGAUUUUGCUUAACAAGUAAUACUUUUUUUCUCAAAGUUUGUAGUCACAAGCUUGAUCUAGACAUCGUGUGCUAGGAAUAUGGGACCAAAUACUAAACUUUUGACAACUUCAUUUAUAAGAAUCUUUAAGGCUGUCAAUAAUUUGGACCCCUACCUUUUUGAGGUAAGAAAUAUUACUUGUUAAACAAAAUCUCUUUCUCUCAGCAAUUUAAUUAGUAUAAAAGAAUAUCAUUUCAGUUUUUUUUGUUGCAUACAGUAUAUCUCAGUAUUUGAAUUUAUUUAUUUUAUAAACUCAUUAUUGCUCAUCUUUAUCAAGGGUGUCAAUAAUUUCGGACCCCACUGUAUGUUUGAUCCGUACCUAGUAGUAGUAUCAGUUCACUACCACUAUCUGUCCAUACCUUUCUUUACCCUUUCUCUCCAACCUCAGCAUCUGUCCAAAAUAACAGCACCUACUUCUCACCAAAAUAAAUGUGUCCCCUUUUUUAAAUGUUUUUAACAAUUUACAGCUAUAAAGGAACAUUGUGCAUUUUGUUUGAUAGUGUGUGGCUUGCAUGACAAGAUAAUAAUGUACAAAGUUUGCAAAAAAAAUCUUCAUAGCUUGGUGACUUCUACUUGGAGCUUCACUGGGACUUUCAAAGUUGGGGUGAGUCGACGCUACAUGAUAUGCAAUACAUUAAAAUAACAAGCUGCAUCGAGCCUACAUCUCCUUUCACACGCUCUCUAUUCAUUGUUAUUCUUAGUGGAGGACACCUUAACCAAGUAGUUUCAUUCUCCAAUCUAAUUAGUCUGUUCUGUUCCCAUUCUAUCCUGGCUGUGAGUGUGGUGUGUUAAUUGCUUAGAGGGUUUGUGGCGCUGUCCCGGCUAAGGGAUUUGUUAAAGGGAUAGUUUGGGAUUUUGUUUUUUAAUGUCUCUGCGUCCAUUAUGAAAGAAGUUAGAGGUAGUUUUACGAGCCAAUGCUAACUGGCAUUAGCGCUAGCUUAGCACAAGGGACCCCCCCUGCUGAUCCCUCAGGACGUGCCCCACACUUAGCGCAAAGACUGGAAGUAAAGCUGUACCCAAAGACUUCCAGUCUUUGCCCUAAGCUAGUUAUCAUUGGCUCGCGGAACUACCUCUAACUUCCUUCAUACUGGACGCAGAGACAUAACAAUUGUAUCCAUGAGUUCAUCUGACUUUGGGGAAGUAGAUAACUAUCCCUUUUAAAACCAUGCAGGGCCUAGCCACGGCCAUGUUAAUUUAUAUACCACAUAUUGAUACCACAUAUUAUCUAUGCAGUUUAUCUUAAUUAAUCUUAUCCGUCAACUACUGUGGAUCAUUACAUUAUCUUUCUCCUGUCUCAUAGUGCCCUUGCUCUCCCGGAUUCUGCCAUCUGAUAACUGCAAGAUCUACAAGCAGGGGCUCAACAUCAGGUAUGGAAUCAAAUACACGUCUGACACAGACGCCAGCUACAAGUUGUGAGGAUUAUAGCUGGUGUGUGCAACCACUCAUCUCCCAGAGUUAACCCAUUACUCUUUAUCCCUCUCCUUCUCUCUCCCCUCUCUCUCUUCUCCUUUGACAGACUGGACACCACUCUGAUAGACUUCUCAGAUAUGAAGUGUCAGAGAGGAGACCUCAGCUUCAUCUUCAACGGAGACGCUCCGUCCUCUAAGUCCUUCUAUGUCCUGGACAACGAGCAGAAGGUGUACCAGCGGAUACACCACGAGGUGAGCUAUAUGGUCUGGUACCAUGUCCUCCAAGCCAAUCAACCUCACACAAAUGUUUGUAUUGCCCUGGCAAAGGUUGAUUGAAAGCUCAGCUAUUGUCACAAUAGAUCCCAAAAAAAAUCUGGAAUCUAAAGUGUGUAGAAGUUCUCCUUUCACCAUGUCACCCAUAAAGAUGGGACCUAUUGAUUUCUGUGAUGUCAUUAUGAUGGUGAUGAUGAUCAUGAGAAUUCACUGAUGUGUCCCUGCAGGAGUCUGAGAUGGAGACUGAGGAGGAGGUGGACAUCCUGAUGAGCAGCGACGUUUAUUCUGCCACCCUGUCCACCAAGUCCAUCACUUUCUCCCGCAGUCAGAUCGGCUGGCUCUUCAGAGAGGACAAGACCGUAAGCACCCUUCCCAGUCCUGGGUCCUGUUCAGUGGAAUAUAGAGGGAAUAAUACAGUUGAUCUCUGAUCAUAAGCUGUGUACUGUAUAGGGAAUAGGGUGUCAUUUAUAACGCAGCCACCAGAGUUUAUUAAACAUCUGGCUUGUGUCUGUCUCUGCAGGAGAGGGUUGGUAACUUCCUGGCUGACUUCUACUCUGUGAAUGGCCUGGUGCUGGAGUCCAGGAAGCGCCGCGAGCAUCUGAGUGAGGAGGACAUCCUGAGGAACAAGGCCAUCAUGGAGAGCCUGAGCAAAGGAGGGAACCUGGUGGAGCAGAACUAUGAGGUGAGGGAGGGACUUGGAUGGAGGGAGGGAGGCUUUGGGUCUUUAGUCUCUUCUUCAGGAGUAGGUGUGGUUUUGGUACACAUAAUCCCGCGACACAGUUGGCAUCAGUUGCUGGGAUUGCCAGUCUCUGUCCAGUGAUCCUGCCGACCAAGGACGGGUCUGAGGAACUAUUUGGCGUUGCAGCUAGCCUAGCUGCUAGCUAUUAUCAGGUUAUUAAUCAACCUACCAGGGAGUUUACAAACACUACAGGAACAAGAUCAUCCACAUGUAUCGAUCACAAUUUUACUAAUACUGUAGAACUUUUUGUUGUUAUCCAUCCUCCCCUCAAUACGGUGCAGUCGUCCUGUCCCCUUUGCAGAAAAGCAUCCCCAAAGAAUGAUGUUUCCACCUCCAUGCUUCACGGUUGGGAUGGUGUUCUUGGUGUUGUACUCAUCCUUCUUCUUCCUCCAAACAUGGCGAGUGGAGUUUAGACCAAAAAGCUCUAUUUUUGUCUCAUCAGACCACAUGACCUUCUCCCAUUCCUCCUCUGGAUCAUCCAGAUGGUCAUUGGCAAACUUCAGACGGGCCUGGACAUGCGCUGGCUUGAGCAGGGGGACCUUGCGUGCACUGCAGGAUUUUAAUCAAUGAUGGCAUAGUGUGUUACUAAUGGUUUUCUUUGAGACUGUGGUCCCAGCUCUCUUCAGGUCAUUGACCAGGUCCUGCCGUGUAGUUCUGGGCUGAUCCCUCACCUUCCUCAUGAUCAUUGAUGCCCCACGAGGUGAGAUCUUGCAUGGAGCCCCAGACCGAGGGUGAUUGACCAUCAUCUUGAACUUCUUCCAUUUUCGAAUAAUUGCGCCAACAGUUGUUGCCUUCUCACCAAGCUGCUUGCCUAUUGUCCUGUAGCCCAUCCCAGCCUUGUGCAGGUCUACAAUUUUAUCCCAGAUGUCCUUACACAGCUCUGUGGUCUUGGCCAUUGUGGAGAGGUUGGAGUCUCUUUGAUUGAGUGUGUGGACAGGUGUCUUUUAUACAGGUAACGAGUUCAAAUAGGUGCAGUUAAUACAGCUAAUGAGUGGAGAACAGGAGGGCUUCUUAAAGAAAAACUAACAGGUCUGUGAGAGCCGGAAUUCUUACUGGUUGGUAGGUGAUCAAAUACUUAUGUCAUGCAAUAAAAUGCAAAUUAAUUACUUAAAAAUCAUACAAUGUGAUUUUCUGGAUUUUUGUUUUAGAUUCUGUCUCUCAAAGUUGAAGUGUACCUAUGAUAAAAAUUACAGACCUCUACAUGCUUUGUAAGUAGGAAAACCUGCAAAAUCGGCAGUGUAUCAAAUACUUGUUCUCCCCACUGUAUGUGCUUUCUUGAGCAGGGGGACCUUGCGGGCGCUGCAGGAUUUCAGUCCUUCACGGCGUAGUGUGUUACCAAUUGUUUUCUUGGUGACUAUGGUCCCAGCUGCCUUGAGAUCAUUGACAAGAUCCUCCCGUGUAGUUCUGGGCUGAUUCCUCACCGUUCUCAUGAUCAUUGCAACUCCACGAGGUGAGAUCUUGCAUGGAGCCCCAGGCCGAGGGAGAUUGACAGUUAUUUUGUGUUUCUUCCAUUUGCGAAUAAUCGCACCGUUGUCACCUUCUCACCAAGCUGCUUGGCGAUGGUCUUGUAGCCCAUUCCAGCCUUGUGUAGGUCUACAAUCUUGUCCCUGACAUCCUUGGAUAGCUCUUUGGUCUUGGCCAUGGUGGAGAGUUUGGAAUCUGAUUGAUUGAUUGCUUCUGUGGACAGGUAUCUUUUAUACAGGUAACAAGCUGAGAUUAGGAGCACUCCCUUUAAGAGUGUGCUCCUAAUCUCAGCUCGUUACCUGUAUAAAAGACACCUGGGAGCCAGAAAUCUUUCUGAUUGAGAGGGGGUCAAAUACUUAUUUCCCUCAUUAAAAUGCAAAUCAAUUUAUAACAUUUUUGACAUGCGUUUUCUGGAAUUUUCUGUUGUUAUUCAGUCUCUCACUGUUCAAAUAAACCUACCAUUAAAAUUAUAGACUGAUCAUUUCUUUGUCAGUGGGCAAACGUACAAAAUCAGCAGGGGAUCAAAUACUUUUUUCCCUAACUGUAAAGAAUGAUGGAAAAAAACUUUGGAGUACUUUAAAUGAAAUUAUGAGUAGAAAGACAAAUUCAACUCCAUCUUUCAUCAAAUCAGAUGGCUUAUUCAUCACAAAACCAUUUGAUGUUGACAAUUAUUUUAAUGAUUACUUAAUUGGCAAAGUGGGCAAACUUAGGCAGGAAAUGCCAACAAUGAACACUGAGCCAUCGUAUUCAUGCAUAAAAAAACAAAUAAUGGAGAAAAAAAAGCAUUGCAAGUUUGAAUUUUGUAAAGUUAGUGUGGGAGAGGUGGAACAAUUAUUGUUAUCAAACCUCCUGGCAUUGACAACUUAGAUGGAAAGCUACUGAGGUGACUCUAUAGCCACUCCUAUCUGUCAUAUCUUUAAUCUGAGCCUAGAGGAAAGUCUUUGUCCUCAGGACUGGAGGGAAGCCAAAGUAAUUCCGCUACCCAAGAAUGGUAAAGUGACCUUUACUGGUUCUAACAGUAGACCUAUAAGCUUGCUGCCAGCUCUUAGCAAACAGUUGGAAAAAAUGGUGUUUGACCAAAUACAAUGCUAUUUCUCUGUAAACAAAUUAACAACAGACUUUCAGCAUGCUUAUAGAGAAGGGCACUCAACAUGUACUGCACUGACACAAAUUACUGAUGAUUGGUUGAAAGAAAUUGAUAAUAAGAAGAUUGUGGGAGCUGCACUGUUCAGUGCAGCCUUUUAUAUUAUUGACCAUAACCUGUUGUUGAAAAAACAUACACUACCGUUCAAAAGUUUGGGGUCACUUAGAAAUGUCCUUGUUUUCGAAAGAAAAGCAAUUUUUUUGUCCAUUAAAAUAACAUCAAAUUGAUCAGAAAUGCAGUGUAGACAUUGUUAAUGUUGUAAAUGGCUAUUGUAGCUUGAACCGGCUGAUCUUUAAUGGAAUAUCUACAUAGGCGUACAGAGGCCCAUUAUCAGCAACCAUCAGUCCUGUGUUCCAAUGGCACGUUGUGUUUGCUAAUCCAAGUUGAUCAUUUUAAAAGGAUAAUUGAUAAUCAGAAAACCCUUUUGCAAUUAUGUUAGCACAGCUGAAAACUGUUGUGCUGAUUUAAAGAAGCAAUAAAACGGGCCUUCUUGAGGCUAGUUGAGUAUCUGGAGCAUCAGCAAUUGUGGGUUCGAUUACAGGAUCAAGAAUGACCAGAAACAAAUAACUUUCUUCUGAAACUCAACAGUCUAUUCUUGUUCUGAGAAAGGAGGCUAUUCCAUGCGAGAAAUUGCCAAGAAACUGAAGAUCUCAUAGAACGCUGUGUACUACUCCCUUCACAGAACAGCGCAAACUGGCUCUAACCAGAAUAGAAAGAGGAGUGGGAGGCCCCGGUGCACAACUGAGCAAGAGGACAAAUACAUUAGAGUGUCUAGUUUGAAAAACAGGCACCUCACAGGUCCUCAACUGGCAGCUUCAUUAAAUAGUACCUGCAAAACACCAGUCUCAACGUCAACAGUGAAGAGACAACUCCGGGAUUCUGACCUUCUAGGCAGAGCUGCAAAGAAAAAGCCAUAUCUCAGACUGCCCAUCUUAAUCUUUUAUUUUCAUUGGCCAAUCUGAGAUAUGGCUUUUUCUUUGCAACUCUGCCUAGAAGGUCAGCAUCCCGGAGUCGUCUCUUCACUGUUGAUGUUGAGACUGGUGUUUUGCAGGUACUACUACAAACUUUUGAACGGUAGUGUAUGUGUUAUGGCUUUUCAACCUCUGCCAUAUCGUGUAUUCAGAGCUAUCUAUCUAAUUGAACUCAAAUAGUUUUCUUUAAUGGAAGCUUCUCGAAUGUCAAACAUGUAAAAUGUGGUGUACCACAGGGCAACUCUCUAGGCCCACUACUCUUUUCUAUUUUUACCAAUGACCUGCCACUGGCAUUAAACAAAGCAUGUGUGUCCAUGUAUGCUGAUGAUUCAACCAUAUACGCAUCAGCAACCACAGUUAAUGAAGUCACCGAAACCCUUAACAAAGAGUUGCAGUCUGUUUUGGAGUGGGUGUCCACUAAUAAACUGGUGCUGAACAUCUCUAAAACUAAGAGCAUUGUAUUUGGUACAAAUCAUUCCCUAAGUUCUAGACCUCAGCUGAAUCUGGUAAUGAAUGCUGUGGCUGUUGAACAAGUUGAGGAGACUAAAUUACUUGGCAUUACCUUAGAUUGUAAACUAUCAUGGUCAAAACAUAUAGAUUCAAUGGUUGUAAAGAUGGGGAGAGGUCUGUCCAUAAUAAAGAGAUGCUCUGCUUUUUUGACACCACACUCCAAAAAGCAAGUUCUGCAGGCUCUAGUUUAGUCUAAUCUUGAUUAUUGUCCAGUCGUGUGGUCCAGUGCUGCAAGGAAAGACCUAGUUAAACUGCAGCUGGCCCAAAACAGAGCGGCACAUCUUGCUCUUCAUUGUAAUCAGAGGUUUGAUAUAAAUACUAUGCAUGCCAGUCUCUCUUGGCUAAGAGUUGAGGAGAGACUGACUGCAUCACUUCUUCUUUUUAUAAGAAACAUGAAUGUGUUGAAAAUCCCAAAUUGUUUGCAUAGUCAAAUUACACACAGCUCUGACACACACACUUACCCCACCAGACAUGCCACCAGGGGUCUUUUCACAGUCCCCAAAUCCAGAACAAAUUCAAGAUGUUCUGUAUUAUGUCAUGUUUCAUGUUUUGUGUGGACCCCAGGAAGAGUAGCUGCUGCUUUUGCAACAGCUAAUGGGGAUCCUAAUAAAAUACCAAAUACCAAAUAAUAUGGAUAUGUGGUUAUGAUGCAUAAAAGAAAGCCUACAUGUGAUCUUCUUCCUCUCUGUCUUUCCCUCAGCCUCAGAGAAGGCUGUCCCUCACGGCUCCAGACCCCAACACUAUCUCCUGGGAGGAGUACAUCUCUGCAGAGCACGGAAAGUAAGCCCUGCUUUAUUCCUUUUAGGAAAGGUCACAGAUGACGCUAAUGUACGGAUUAAUUUCAAACCACUGUUUAUUAUUGAGUUAUUGAUAAGUUAUUUAAUUGAAGAUCGUUACCUCCAAACGUAUACGCCAAUGAUGCUGACUUAGUGGAUAAGUGUGUGUGUGUGUUCAUCCCCAGGGCACCUCAUCUUGGGAGAGAGCUUGUGUGUAAGGAGAGCAAGAAGAACUUCAAAGCGACUGUAGCCAUGAGCCAGGAUUUCCCUCUGGGCAUUGAGUCGUGAGUAGAAUCCCUCCUCUUAUUGGCUAGUAAUCUCUCAUCAGUCUCACCACUGACUGCAGUGCUAUUGGAAGCGUCCAUGUAUUUAUCAUUAUUGUGCACACAGGUUCUGAUUUAAAUGUAGAUACAUUUUAAGUUUGAUUGAAUAGGAUCUAAGCUAGUAAUGUACUGUUAGAAAAAUGUAUACAUAAAUUGAAAAUAAGGGUUUGGCACUGACCCUUUUUUCUGUCAUUUUCCAGGUUACUGAAUGUGUUGGAGGUCAUAGCCCCAUUCAAGCAUUUCAACAAACUCAGAGAAUUUGUUCAAAUGAAGCUUCCUCCUGGGUUUCCAGUCAAGCUUGGUAUGAAUCUAUUGUACACUGAAAUAUGUACGAAACAUGCAAUAAUUUCAAAUAUUUUACUGAGUUACAGUUCAUAUAAGGAAAUCAGUCAAUUGAAAUAAAUUCAUUAGGCAUUCGGAAAGUAUUCAAACCCCUUGACUUUUUCCACAUUUUGUUACGUUACAGCAUUAUUCUAAAAUGGAUAAAAUUAUAUAUAUAUAUAUAUAUCUACACACAAUAAUAACAAAGUGAAAACAGGUUUUUAGAAAUGUUUGUAAAUUUAUAAAAAACUAAAACACCUUAUUUACAUAAGUAUUCAGAACCUUUGCUAUGAGUCUCUAAAUUAAUAUAAUAAUAUAUAAUAAUAAUAUGACAUUUAGCAGACGCUUUUAUCCAAAGCGACUUACAGUCAUGUGUGCAUACAAUUUUACGUAUGGGUGGUCCCGGGGAUCGAACCCACUACCCUGGCGUUACAAGCGCCAUGCUCUACCAAUUGAGCUACAGAGGACCACAAAAUUGAGCUCAGGUGCAUCCUGUUUCCAUUGAUCAUCCUUGAGAUGUUUCUACAACUUCAUUGGAGUCCACCUGUGGUAAAGUCAAUUGAUUGGACAUAAUUAGGAAAGGCACACACCUGUCUAUAUAAGGUCCCACAGUUGACAGUGCAUGUCAGAGCAAAAAAAAGCCACGAGGUCGAAGGAAUUGUCCGUAGAGCUCCGAGACAGGAUUGUGUCGAGGCACAGAUCUGGGGAAGGGUACCAAAAAAUUUCUACAGCAUCGAAGGUCCCCAAGAACACAGUGGCCUCCAUCAUUCUUAAAUUGAAGAAGUUUGGAACCAACAAGACUCUUCCUAGAGCAGGCCGCCCGGUCAAACUGAGCAAUCAGGGGAGAAGGGCCUUGGUCAGGGAGGUGACCAAGAACCCGAUGGUCACUCUGACAGAGCUCCAGAGUUCCUCUGUGGAGAUGGGAGAACCUUACAGAAGGACAACCAAGUCUGCCGCACUCCACCAAUCAGGCCUUUAUGGUAGAGUGGCCAGACGGAAGCCACUCCUCAGUAAAAGGCACAUUGUAGCCCGCUUGGAGUUUGCCAAAAGGCACCUAAAGGACUCUCAGGCCAUGAGAAACAAGAUUCUUUGGUCUGAUGAAACCAAGAUUGAACUCUUUGGCCUGAAUGCCAAGCAUCACGUCUGGAGGAAACCUGGCACCAUCCCUACGGUGAAGCAUGGUGGUGGCAGCGUCAUGCUGUGGGGAUGUUUUUCAGCGGCAGGGACUGGGAGACUAGUCAGGAUCGAGGGAAAGAUGAAUGGAGCAAAGUACAGAGAGAUCCUUGAUGAAAACCUGCUCCAGAGUGCUUAGGACCUCAGACUGGGGCGAAGGUUCACCUUCCAACAGGACAAAGACCCUAAGCACACAGCCAAGACAAUGCAGGAGUGGCUUCGGAUCAAGUCUCUGAAUGUCCUUGAGUGGCCCAGCCAGAGCCGCGACUUGAACCCGAUCGAACAUCUCUGGAGAAACCUGAAAAUAGCUGUGCAGCGACGCUCCCCAUCCAACCUGACAGAGCUUGAGGCUCUGCAGAGAAGAAUGGAAGAAACUCCCCAAAUACAGGUGUGCCAAUCGUCAUACCCAAGAAGACUCGAGGGUGUAAUCGCUGCCAAAGGUGCUUUAACAAAGUACUGUGUAAAGGGUCUGAAUACUUAUGUAAAUGUGAUAUUUCCGUUAUUAUUUUUUUACAAAUUUGCAAACAUUUCUAUAAACCUGUUUUUGCUUUGUCAUUAUGGGGUAUUGUGCGUCGAUUGAUGAUGAUGAUUAUUUUUUUUAAUCCAUUUUAGAAUAAGGCUGAAACGUAACAAAAUGUGGAAAAAGUCAAGGGGUGUGGCUGAUUUUAUUUCUAAGUAAAAAAUAAAGUGAAAUUAUUAAGAAACUGACAAAUAUUAAACGCUGGAAACAACCCCUCCUAUUUCUGUGUUCCAGACAUCCCUGUGUUCCCCACUAUCACAGCGACGGUCACCUUCCAAGAGUUCCGCUACGAUGACUUUGAGGAGUCCUUCUUCUCCAUCCCAGCAAACUACAAGGAGGACCCCAGUCGAUUCCCUGACCUCUGACCUGGUUGUCAUAGCAACCAGAGGUGCCCCCGCCCGCUUGGAAGCUGAUAGAGAAACAACCUCUACCUACCUACAUUAUUAAAAGGAAAAUAACCAACUGAAGACAGUUGAGAAGAAAUUAGAGGAUGCCAUCUUAUUGUUUGAUGUCUGUCUGUGUGUUCUGAUGAAAAAAGGGAAUUAUCUCUUGGCCAUGAUUGUGUUCAAUAUUUAGAUAUUUCUUUAUAGCAAUCCAAUGCAAACAGGACUUGUAUUGCACCACAACCAUGUUCAGAUGUGUAGCAAUAACAGCACAAGGUCCCCCAAAAAUAUUUGAUGUCAUCUGCUUAACAAAUUAAUUUACCUACUACAUGAUCACUGCUCUGUGCUGCAACCAGCUCCUGUGAAAGGUUAUGGAGUUGACUGUGACAUCUUCAGCGUGCACUUCUCCAGGCUUAGCACUCACUGAAUCUAGCAUCUGCCCUUUGGAGACUGCCCUUUUCUCAUAAACUAUGGUAUAAAUUAAGUGUUAGAAAUAUAGAGAUGUCAUAACUGAACUGAGCAUAACUUUUUCAUGUUUAAAUGAUGAACCUAAUGUACAUCAUAUAGGCCUAGUCAAAAGGGGCAACACUGUGUAGCAAUACAUUUCCAGUACAUAAGGAUGUUUUUUUUUUUUUUACCUGCUGAGAGAACGUAUGGCGUAAAACGGCAUUCUUACACAGAUCAAUACCCAAGCCUUUCUCUCUCUCGCUCUCUCAGGAUGCAAACUCCUGUAUUUUCAGGUUAGCUCAUCUAUCUUACCUCCUGGCUAUCACCGUCUGUUUCAAGUGAUUGUGUGAAUUUGGGGCUCUAUUCAGUCUGUAGCGCUGAAGAUCCGCUUUAUAGUGCGAUUG